ACUAGAAUACACUGGGAGCGGGUUGAGUUGGCAAGAAAGAGAUGAAUUCGUACUUUCACAUCGUCGGUGUGGGACUAACAGGAAAAGGUUGAUGUUCAAACACGCUUAACCAAUUCACACAAUCCUCGUAACCUCUUCCAUGGCUACUGUUUCUUCUCCUUGUACUGUUUUCCCCAUACUUACAUCAACCUUGUCGAAGCCCCACUUGGCUCCCCUCUCUUGCCGAACCCAAAAACGAAGUCGUGUCAGUAUCAUCACCUCUGUCGCCGAGGAUCGAGAAAUAGUUCCGGUGUCCGAAGAUAGAGGAAUUCGUUUGAACGAAGUUGAUGGAUUUCAACCUUCGGAGCCUCACACAGAGUCAGAUGUUGUUGUUCCUCGCCUCACAAGCAGUAGUACCGUCAAUGCCAUCAUCGUUUUGGGGUUUGGGACUUUCGCUGUCACCAAGUUGCUCACCAUUGACCAUGACUACUGGCAUGGUUGGACACUUUUUGAGAUUGUAAGGUAUAUACCUGAACACAAUUGGAUUGCCUAUGAGCAAGCUCUGAAAGCAAACCCGGUUUUGGCUAAAAUGGCAAUAAGUGGAAUUGUCUACUCAAUUGGAGACUGGAUUGCUCAGUGCUAUGAAGGAAAGCCUCUUUUUGAGUUUGAUCGGACACGCGUACUCAGAUCAGGUCUUGUUGGGUUUACUCUCCAUGGAUCACUUUCUCACUAUUACUACCAACUUUGUGAGGCUCUUUUUCCUUUCCAAGAAUGGUGGGUUGUUCCUGCUAAAGUUGCUUUUGACCAAACUGUAUGGUCUGCAAUUUGGAAUAGCAUCUACUUCGUGGUUUUGGGCUUGUUGCGUUUUGAAUCUUUGACUAACAUAUAUGGUGAACUGAAGUCAACAUUCUUGCCCUUGCUUACUGCAGGGUGGAAACUUUGGCCUUUUGCGCAUCUGAUUACUUAUGGUGUGAUUCCUGUGGAACAAAGGCUUCUUUGGGUGGACUGUGUGGAGCUCAUCUGGGUCACAAUACUUUCAACCUAUUCAAAUGAGAAAUCAGAAGCACGAAUAUCUGAGGCAGCAUCAGAAACAGGGUCAUCCACUUCAAGCGAAAAUUCCAAGGAAUAAACGAAACGAGGAGAGGAGAAAAAAUUAUCUAGGUUCAUGGCAGUUGCAAAAUCAACCUCAGCAAAGAUUUGAAGAAUCUAUCAGUUGAAGGUCCAAUUAAACGGCCUUAGGGACAUGAGGUUUUGAUCUGCUUCCCAUACAGGAUAUAUACACUUACACCUUACACAGGUCGUGCAUCCUUCUGGCUAAGAUCAACUAUUCAGGUUGCAGUGAUCACAUACUUAGAUUAUUGUAUAUAUGAUAUAGAUGCAUUCAGAACUCGAGUUAAAUUAUGUUCCUUUUCUUGUUUGUAUCGGAUUACCUCAUAUAUCCGUAUGUCUGUUGUCUGUAUAAAAAAAAUUAUUCAUCUCAUAUAUAUAAUGAUGGAAAAUGUGAAAAAAACUACUUAACAUUGCAUCUGGAA